AUGAGUAUACCAUCAACAUCGAGUGCGGGAUCUGGACUCCCAGCGAUAGAGAAACUGCAAGGGAGUACCAACUUCGAUACAUGGAAGUUUGAUGUGGAGUGUAUUUUAGUCCAUGAUGAUCUGUGGCAGUAUGUAGAAGAAGUACCUAACCCUGAAGAUACUGUAGCACGUCGAGGAGAUCAAAAGGCACGUACUAAAAUUUGUCUAUUGGUUGAAAACCAUUGCAAGGUACAUGUUCGAAAAGCAACGAGUGCAUUUCAAACAUGGAACAGUUUAAAAACAGCAUAUGAGGAUAAAGGCAUUAAUAAUAGGUGCAGACUACUAUCAACACUAGUAUGCCUAAAGCUUAAUAUGUUUAAUUCAAUAAUCGAAUAUGUUACUGAGCUUAUGAGAGUAGCGAAUCAGUUAGCAGACCUUGGAAAGGAGGUUGACGAUGAGCUGUUGGCAGCCCUGAUGCUGCAAGGUUUACCAGAUAAAUACACACUAGUGAGGUUGGCCUUAGAGAAUGCUAAUACUGAAUUAACUUCAGAUUAUGUAAAAACAAAACUUUUACAAUUGGAUGACAAUAAAGCAAUUACGAGUACAAGCUUUACAGUUUCAAAUAAUUCAGCAUUAACAGAGAAACCGAAGAAAAAGUUUGUUCAGAGGAAAUAA